AUGAAUCAGAAUCGACAUCGCUCCCACACAGGCUGCUGGACCUGCAAAUCCGCCCGGCGCAGAUGCGACCGCGCCCGUCCCGCCUGCGAGGCCUGCCACCGCCGCGGCCUCGUGUGCGAGGGGUACGCCGUGCGCCUGCGCUGGGGGUCCGGCAUCGCCUCGCGGGGCCGCUUCAGGGGCGCCCUGCUGCCGCUGGAGGACGCCGUGCCCGCCAGACUUCCGGGCCGACAGCGCGAUCUCCUGCGCAAUGCCCAGCAAUUGUUUACUGAUUUCUCCACAACUGGAAUCCAGCUGCUGCAUGCCACUCCAACUGCCAGUCCCCUGCUCCCCCUCCUCCCGCAGUUAUGCCGCCACAGUGAAGCCCUGUAUAAUGUCUGUGUCGCGCUGCAGGCCUUACUCUCUGCUCCGGAUGAUACCACGCGCUUUCUACACUGCUUCGACGCUGCUCUCACCCGCUUCCGAGCGGAAUUGGCGUCUACCAGCAACAGCAGGAAUGCAGACGGACUGCCCGAUGCAACCUUCACGGCAGGGUUGUUGCUAUGUACCAUCGGAUCCAUGCACGGUCUCCCCUGGACAAUGCAUCUACAGGGCAUGUACAGUCUGUUACGCAUCCCACCCACUCCUUCUAGCCCGGAUAUGCCCUUCUCCUCCCAUCUCGUCGAGGUGAUGGGCGUCAUGGAUCUGCCGGGCCUGGUUCUUGCCCGCCAGACUUCCUGUCUGCACGUUUGGAGGAGGCAUUGUUUUGGGCGUACCGGCGUGGAACCUGUCAGCGGCUUACCGCGCUCCUUGCUCGAUUUAUACUCUUCUACCUUCCACUAUGCAGAUCGAGAUAGUCGAUCCGCUGAGACUGCCGAGGCUGCGCUCUGGGCUUGGACAGGCGAAGGGGGGAAUCCCCUCCAGUACCGGCUAUGGGAGGUGCAUCGUCUUGCUGCUAUUCUCAAUAUACGCCAACACAGCGUUUCCGUUCCAUCAGUGCCGUCAGUGUCGUCAGAUACACUCGCGAUGAGAGCACUGGAUAAUCUAGAUGCCCUUCGGCAGUCCUGUGCAGAUAGCCAGGCAGGCAGCUCCGUGAUGAACGCAACGAGCUUCCCCUUGUUCGUCGUCGGGAUGGAGAUUGCUCGUCUCUCCUCGCCACCUGAACUACGAGAUAUCAUCCGCCAGUGCUUCCAUGCCCAGCCUCAGCAGGUCGACGCUGGUCUGCAUGUUUUGCUGGCUCUACUGGAGCGUGUCUGGGCUGGUGAUCCUGUUGAUAUCGAACAGUUUCUGCGCCAGAAGAAUAUGGAAAUCAGACUUAUAUGA